AUUCCACCAAACGUGACAUUGUUCAGACCAAGUCCAUUUGUCUUAUUAUUAACAUUUUGUCGUCUCUCUCUCUCUACAACUCUCCCUCGUUUAUCGCAUUCUCUCUCUUAGGGUUUCAACUCCGAAAUGGAGAAUUCCAGCUUCUUGUCCUACGAAAAGCUCAACGGCAUGGCGACGUGGGUCGGCACCAGCGUGGCAUCAGCCUUCUUCGCGUCUCUGGAGCGCUGCUCCUGCAUCAAUCUGUCCACGGCCGACAUGGACGACGACAACGACGAUGGGGAGGAGGCCAAGGACCGGCCUUUGAUGCUCACCAAUGAGUCCCCGAAAAGCGACGUCGUCAAUCUUCCGGUUUGAUCGUCUCGAUCGGCGGCAAUUGUGACGCGGAAACGCGGGUUUGAUCUAGUUUUAUGUGGGUGUGUCGAAUUUGAACUGGGUUUGAUUUGGCACAUGGAUGUGUUCUUUAUCGCAAUUAUAAUGUGAAAAAAAAAGAUUGUUCUUGGACGAUUGUUUCAGAUUUGGUUCAAUUGUUAUUAUAAGGAUUUCAAUCUGAA